GGCUGAUAACCCGAGAAGGUCGGGCGCAUGCGCAGUGGUCGGAUUUUUUUUUUUUUUUUUUUUUUCCUCCCCAGGCCACCCGGAGUGAAGCAGCCGGGUUGGGCGUUAAACAGGCCGCAGCUAGGGUGGAUGGAGAGGGGGCAUUCGCUCCUCUGGGACUGUUCUUGCCUCGUUUUUUUUUUUCUGAUGUGGCUUGGUCCGGAUGCGGAGUCCCAGCAGCCAGCUUGAGCUUACUCUUUUGUGAAAGGGGAAGGUAUCCCCUGUGGGAAGCGGUUAAACUUGUGGAGGGGGUGCUAGACUGGAGUUCUCCUCCAUGCCAGGGGAAUGGUGCGGCCUUGAAGUGGUCCAGGAGCCGGCUGGAGGUGUCUGAGGGAGGCCCCGGAGGGGGCGGGGAGGUGGCCCGCAGAACGCGGGUUCUGUAAAGGGACGUCGGGAAGAUUCAGUUCCAAGAAGAGGAAGAGCCGGAUUGAAAGAGGCAGGCCGUUGAGGGGGAGGGGGCUGCCAAGAUGGCGUCGGCCUCCUCCGGGCUGUCGUCGGCGGUCGGUUUUUCAUCCUUUGAUCCCGGGGUACCUUCCUGUACCUCGUCCUCAGGUUUCAACUUUCUGUGCUGUGGGGUCAGCUGUAAGAGAGAAGCAUCUGGAAUCAAGAGACCCACAGCAUCUGAGGUGCCUUAUACCUCUGGCAUGCCCAUCAAGAAAAUAGGCCAUCGAGGUGUUGAUUCCUCAGGAGAGACAACAUAUAAAAAGACAACCUCAUCAGCCUUGAAAGGUGCCAUCCAGUUAGGCAUUACUCACACUGUGGGGAGCCUGAGUACUAAACCGGAGCGAGAUGUCCUCAUGCAAGAUUUCUACGUGGUGGAGAGUAUCUUCUUCCCCAGUGAAGGAAGCAACCUGACCCCUGCUCAUCACUACAAUGACUUUCGUUUCAAGACCUAUGCACCUGUUGCCUUCCGCUACUUUCGGGAGCUAUUUGGUAUCCGACCUGAUGAUUACCUGUACUCCCUCUGUAGUGAGCCGCUGAUUGAACUCUGUAGCUCUGGAGCUAGUGGUUCCCUGUUCUAUGUGUCCAGCGAUGAUGAAUUCAUUAUUAAGACAGUUCAACAUAAAGAGGCGGAGUUUCUGCAGAAGCUGCUUCCAGGAUACUACAUGAACCUCAACCAGAACCCUCGGACUUUGCUGCCUAAAUUCUAUGGACUGUACUGUGUGCAGGCAGGUGGCAAGAACAUUCGGAUUGUGGUGAUGAAUAAUCUUUUACCAAGAUCAGUCAAAAUGCAUAUCAAAUAUGACCUCAAAGGCUCAACCUACAAACGGCGGGCUUCCCAGAAAGAGCGAGAGAAGCCUCUUCCCACAUUUAAAGACCUAGACUUCUUACAAGACAUCCCUGAUGGUCUUUUUUUGGAUGCUGACAUGUACAAUGCCCUAUGUAAGACCCUGCAGCGUGACUGUUUGGUGCUGCAGAGCUUCAAGAUAAUGGACUAUAGCCUCUUGAUGUCAAUCCACAAUAUAGAUCAUGCACAACGAGAGCCCUUAAGCAGUGAAACACAAUACUCAGUUGACACUCGAAGACCGGCCCCUCAAAAGGCUCUGUAUUCUACAGCCAUGGAAUCCAUCCAGGGAGAGGCUCGACGGGGCGGCACUAUGGAGACCGAUGACCAUAUGGGUGGCAUCCCUGCCCGGAAUAGUAAAGGGGAAAGGCUUCUGCUUUAUAUUGGCAUCAUUGACAUUCUACAGUCUUACAGGUUUGUUAAGAAGUUGGAGCACUCUUGGAAAGCCCUGGUACAUGACGGGGACACUGUCUCAGUGCAUCGCCCAGGUUUCUACGCUGAACGAUUCCAGCGUUUCAUGUGCAACACAGUAUUUAAGAAGAUCCCCUUGAAGCCUUCUCCUUCCAAAAAGUUCCGGUCUGGUUCAUCUUUCUCUCGGCGAGCAGGCUCCAGUGGCAACUCCUGCAUUACUUACCAGCCAUCAGUCUCUGGGGAACACAAGGAACAAGUGACAACAAAGGCGGAAGUGGAGCCAGGAGUUCAUCUUGGCCGUCCUGAUGUUUUACCUCAGACUCCACCUUUGGAGGAAAUCAAUGAGGGCUCACCUAUUCCUGACCCCAGUUUCUCACCUGUAGUUGGAGAGACUUUGCAAAUGCGAACUACAAGUACAACCUUGGAAAAGCUUGAGAUUGCAGAGUCAGAGUUCACCCAUUAAGUGCAAAGCCUCAGAAGACCUGGAACGAGAUUCUGUCAUCUCUGUGAUCCCAAGAUGUCAGCCUUUGCCCCAACAAUGUUGAAUUUUCUUCUACUUGGUCAUCAAAAAAUGAGUGUAAUAGAAGUGAGGGGAGCUCUCCAUUUUCUUCCUGAAGAAGAACCUCCUCUCCUUCCCCUUCCUCAUGAAUGGGCAUUGGUGCCUCAGGCAGUUGAGGACCGCAGCAUCCCCUCCACUCCAGAGUUGGGUAGCACGGAUUUUCAACUGGCUAACCUUGGCUUCCACAAUUGAAUUUUUUUCAGACCCCUAUUCUUCAUGCUGGAAAUGGGAUUGCUAGACAUGGCAGUUUUCUUUCCUCUCUUCUUUCACUAGGAACUGGACUCUUUAAUUUCCUCAGGACAGACUAGCUAGCACAUUAUCCCUGCCUUCGUUCUUUCUCUCUGAUCCCUGGAAGAAGACUCCUGUAAUCUCUGUAAAAGUUUUUGGGGGAUAAGGGUAUUUAAACCACCUCCCAACUUUUUUUUUUUUUUUCCCUGAAAAAAGGAAAAAGCGCACAGCACACAAUUUUAAGCCAGUUUCAGAUCAAAACUCCAGAAGUGUUGACGAGAUGCCUAUUCUUAGGGUUCCCUCAGAAGAGCCAUGGUAUUUGUGAAGAGUAGUGAUUGCUCUGCCAGAAGCAGCUCCUCUAAACUCGUCCUCUCUUGAUGAAUUUCUUAAGGCUGAAGAAAUGGAGAGAGAGGGACGUGGGGUAUUCUUUACCCCUUUUGUUAAAACAUGAGGCAGCCAUGGGCUGGGAGAUCAUAGCCCUUUCUAGGCAGAAUCCUAUUCACUGCCCGACUAUAAUGAUUAUUACUAUUUUGCAAAUUGGAGUAUAUUCUGGUUGUUUUUUUAAAUAUAAAGACUUACCAAAUGAAUUUUAGAUCAUUCUCCAGAGGAGAUUUUUUUUUGCUCUUCCCAUCUUUUCCAACAGUGUUCUCCUAUUUGUGGAGCUAAGUUGAAGAGGGGACACCUCUGUCUGUUUAACAGGCAGUCCAUAUCUACGAGGCCAGCAAAUAUUUUCUUAAACUUAUGGGAAGACAGCAGAUUCUUGCCUCGGUGAGGUCACUGCUGUGCCGUAUGUCCUACCCCCCUGUCUUCAUGCAGGGAAGUUGGAAAAGGUGGCUACAUAUGCCCUCUCCUCCCCAUCUACAAGUGUUACGAUUUUUCAUCUGAUCCUUCUAUUCUUAUCAGGGGAAGAAGGGGGCCUGGUAUCUCAGGCAGCUUGUUGAAUUGCUGUUCUAUCCCACCCUGCCCUGAUAGUAGGUUAGUUCAUACCCCAAAUAACUGUCUAUAUUAGACACCCCCAGCCAGUUUCUGGCUGCCUGUCUUUGCUGCCAUGUUCUUUUUUACAAGAAGGAAAGAAACAGUUCUUGCUAUUUUUUUUUUCAUAAUUUACUAUUUAUGAUGUAUUUAAGUGUUUUAUUAUGGGCAGAGUUCUGUAAGGGGUGGGAGGGAAUAUUUGAGGGAGGGCUGGGUGGGUCUUACGGAAAGGAAUGGGGAGUCAACAUUUUUAUGAAGUGUCACUAUUUGCCUCUACUUUGUAUUGUUCAGAAAUGGCAAAUGCAGUAUAAAAGUGAUAUAUGGUUUUAAUGUAAUAAACUUUAAUCAGUUAUUUAAA